AAUUUCUACCGAUUUCCAUGUCCACGAAACACAUAUUUGACUCGUCUGAUGGCCUCGUCCUCAAAUCCCUCCGUGGUGCCGUAGCGCUCAGCCCUGCCUUGCGCAUCCACUCUUCCUCAAAGUCUGUUUACGUUGCCCACCCCGCCCCUAACACCCACCUCGCCGUCAUAUCAGGCGGAGGUGCCGGCCAUGAGCCUGCACACGCAGGCUACACCGGGCACGGUAUGCUAGCAGCCUCCCUCUCUGGGGACAUCUUCGCCAGCCCUUCCGCUCGCUCCAUCCUCGCCACCAUCCACUUUGCAGCAUUCGCCUCCUCCUCCGUCCCCCUCGACCCCACUGCCGUCGCCGUCGCCGCCCCUGCCCACGCCCAAGCUUCGCUUCCCAACCCCCGCGAGGUCCUCGUCGUGAUUAACAACUACACGGGCGACCGCCUGAACUUUGGCCUCGCGAUCGAGCAAGCACGCAGAGCGUUUACAUCUCUGCACAUCGACGCCGUCGUCGUCGCAGAUGAUGUUUCCCUUCUCGACCAACCCUCCCUCGUCGGCCCACGCGGACUCGGUGGCAACAUCAUCGUGUGCAAGAUCCUAGGCGCCUACGCUGCGUCCGGAGGUAGGUUGGCACGUGCGAAGGAGUUAGGAGAUGCUGUGGUUGGCGAGUUGGCGAGUGUAGGGGUUGGGCUGGCACAUUGCCAUAUCCCGGGGAGGAAAGUUGUGGAGGAGGAAGGGGGAGCGGGGGCGUUGAGGGACGGAGAGGCGGAGAUCGGGUUGGGGUUGCAUAAUGAACCUGGGGUGAGGCGCGUCAAGAUGGAGAGUGCGGAGGCGCUCGUGAAAGAGAUGAUCGAGCUUGUGUUGGGUUCGCGUGGGGUUGGUAAGAAUGGAAGGAGCGUUGAUGAGGGGCCUUUGGUGAGGCCGGACGACGAGGUGGUGUUGUAUGUCAAUAAUCUGGGUGGAAUCUCGCAGCUCGAGAUGGGCGCUGUGCUUGAUGAGAUUGUUAUCCAACUAUCCGCCCGCAACAUCCAUCCAUCAAGGGUCUACCUCGCGCCAUUCAUGACCUCACUUAAUGCACCCGGAUUCUCGCUCUCCAUACUCAACAUCUCUCGUAUCCAGUCCCGUCUCUCAUCGCUGCUACCCUCGUCCGACCAAAGCGACAAUAAUAACGACGAACCUCCAUCGAUCAACGUCCUCGAUCUCCUCGACGCACCUACAGACGCUCAUUCAUGGCUGGGCGUUCGAGUCUGGUCUCCCUCUCGUCGUCCUGCGGACAACGCGCGGGACGAGGAAGAGGCGGAGGUGCUGUUGCGCGCGUCGGGGUACAAGUAUUCGGUUGAUGGUAGCUCAGGGGGGACUCCCCUCGUCCAGUCUCACUCUCCGUCCCACUCUAAUAGCGCCAUCGAGAUCGAGAGGGCUAUUCGUCAGGCGUGCAAGCACGUUAUGGCUGCUGAACCUGCUAUGACGCGUUAUGAUACGGUCGUAGGCGAUGGGGACUGUGGGGAGACGUUUGCAGGGGGUGCGAAGGCCAUCCUCGCCGCCCUCGAUAAUGGCACUCUAAGCCCGACACGCAUGGCCCCUGCCACACUCGUUGAGAAAGCGGGCGUGAUCCUCGAAGGGAGUAUGGGCGGCACUAUCGGCGCACUGUUCGCGCUUUUCUUCACAGCAUGGUCUGCUGCGCUCCUCCGCUCCUCCACCACAACCGGCUCUGCCCAUCUCCCACUGACUCUUUUAACACUUCCAGCUGCGCUCUCAGCGUUAGGCACGCACACCCCGGCACGACCAGGUGAUCGUACCAUCGUAGACGCCCUCGCCCCUUUCUGCGCCGUCAUCUCCAGUUCGCCUCCCCCACCUAGUACCGCCAGUGAGGAAGGAGGUGCAUCGGCAUGGAUAGGCAUGCUUGGUGAAGCGGUGAAGGCCGCGAGACGUGGGGCAGAGGGAACGCGUGGGAUGAAAGCGCGCUUAGGUAGAGCUGUGUAUGUUGGUGGUGGGGAGGAUGGAAGCGAGGGGGGAGGGUUGCCGCCUGAUCCUGGAGCGUGGGGUGUUGCUGCUAUUGUAGAAGGGUUUUUGGAGGGCUUGAAAGGAUGA